AAAGAGCAGGGGGAAGCCCCCGGCCCCCUCCGCGAGCCACGGUGUCCUCGGGCCGGGCAGGCGUUGAAGACGAGCCCGGGCGGGGCCCCCGUGUUCGUGCCUGUCGCCUGCCGUGUCCGGAGCAGAGGCUAGCGCCCGCCCGCUCGGCGCCCCGGGCCGUGAGGACCCCACCCUGCCGGGCGUGGGCGACGGCCGGACGGGUGGCGGAGCAGCCGUCGCGGGGCCUCGCCGCGGCCUCCAGCGCCCGAGUCACGGGGAAUGCAGUGGCCCCCGACCCCUGGCGCCUCUGCGUGUCUGGGCUGGGCCUCCUCGCUCGCCUCCUUCACGGCCGCGACGCUCCUGGGCCGAGCCGGCCCGGGCCCCCUCAUGGCGGCCAAGUGGUUCAAGGAGUUCCCCCUGAACCUGAAGACCGUGUCGGAGCGGGCCAAGCCCGGGGGCGGCGGCGGCAAACUGCGCAAGAACUCGGAGGCGGGCGGCGCUGGGCCGGGUCCUGGCAAGGGCCGCAAGAACUCGGCGGCCGAGCUGGGGAGCGGCAGGGCCGGCAUCGGCCCCAAGGACAGCCGGCUGUCCCGCGACAGCCUGCAGGGUCUGAUUCAGGCCGCCGCGGGCAAGGGCCGCAAAAACUCCCGGGCCACAGAGGAGGAGCCCCACCGGGGUGCGACCAAGAGCUCCGGCUGCAGCACCUACAUCAACAGGCUCAUCAAAGUGGACACUCAGGAGAAGAACGGGAAGAGCAACUACCCCAGUAGCAGUAGCUCCAGCUCCAGCUCCUCUUCCUCCGCGUCCUCUUCCCCUUCCUCCCUGGGGCCUGAGCUGGACAAGGGCAAGAUUAUUAAGCAGCAAGACACGGUCAUCAUUUUAGAAGACUAUGCUGACCCUUAUGAUGCUAAACGCACAAAGGGUCAAAGGGAUGCAGAGAGAGUCGGAGAGAACGAUGGUUACAUGGAACCAUAUGAUGCACAACAAAUGAUAACAGAAAUUAGACGACGGGGUUCCAAAGAUCCCCUGGUGAAGGCUCUCCAGCUGCUUGACAGUCCCUGUGAACCUGCAGAGGGUGGCCUGAAGUCAGAGACCUUGGCCAAAAGACGGAGUUCCAAGGACCUCCUGGGGAAGCCGCCACAGCUGUACGACACUCCCUACGAGCCUGCAGAAGGGGGGCCCAGGGCAGAGGGGAAGGCAUGGCCCCCUGACAGCCGGCUGCCUGAGAACGAUGAGCGGCCCGCGGCUGAGUAUGAGCAGCCGUGGGAGUGGAAGAAGGAGCAGAUCGUGCGGGCUCUGUCAGUCCAGUUUGAAGGAGCUGAGCGACCUUCCAUCAAGGAGGAGACAGUGAGGCAGCACCACCGGCAGAAGAGCUGGACCCAGAAGAUCCUGAAGCCAGCCCUCUCGGACCACAGUGAGGGGGAGAAAGUGGACCCGGGCCUGCCCCUGGAGAAGCAGCCCUGGUAUCAUGGUGCCAUCAGCCGUGCUGAGGCUGAGAGUCGACUACAGCCCUGCAAAGAAGCUGGUUACCUGGUUCGAAAUAGUGAAUCAGGGAACAGCAGGUACUCCAUUGCCCUAAAGACUAGUCAAGGAUGUGUCCACAUCAUAGUGGCUCAGACCAAAGACAACAAAUACACACUGAAUCAGACAAGCGCUGUGUUUGACAGCAUCCCUGAAGUGGUACACUAUUAUUCCAAUGAAAAGUUGCCUUUCAAAGGGGCAGAACACAUGACUUUACUCUACCCCGUGCACAGCAAGCUUCACUAAGGUUCAGCCACUGCAAGCCCUGGGCCUCUGGCACCUGCAAGGGCACCAUCAGCGCACGACCAGCAUCUCAGAGGACAAGGCUGGACUAGCAAUUGCUAGAAAAUGGGAGUCUUCCUUGAAAAGUCGGAAUCUUUUGUUUUGUUUUGUUUUGUUUGAGACAAAGUCUCACUGUGUCGCCUAGGCUGGAGUGCAGUGGUGCAGUCUUGGCUCACUGCAACCUCUGACUGCUGGGUUCAAGCCUUUCUCCUGCCUCAGCCUCCCAAGUAGCUGGGACUAUUAAGUGCGCGCCACCACUCUCGGCUAAUUUUUUGUUUUGUAUUUUUAGUAGAGACGAGGUUUCACCAUGUUGGUCAGGCUGGUCCCAAACUCCUGACCUCAAAUGAUCCACCCACCUCAGCCUCCCAAACUGCUGAGAUUACAGGCAUGAGCCACCGCACCUGACCAAGUCUUUGGUCUUAAAGUGAUUCCAUGACACUUUGUUUCUGACCUGUCCCUUGUUUCCUUGCUAAGUAGUUCUACAAUAAGAAAUCAUGAUUUGGCUGUUGCCUCCAGCUCUGGAGUUUGGCGUUCUUUUUAUGGUGUGACCCUCAGGAAAGUUCAGUCAAGAGUUCAGGAGCAUCAGAGUUCUCCAGAAAUGUGCCUACUUAAUACCUGGAAUACCUGGUCUCUAAACAAACCAACAAAAAAUCCACGUGGCUUUUUCACACGAUGGUGCGGACUGGAAGAGUAUGUUAUAUCGGACUCAUUAUUGGGGAAAUAAAUGAGCGGUAGAAAGUGUGAAUGAUGGGCAAGAAGGUUGUAUUUCUCCCUCAGAAGUCGUAAUUCAGCUCUAGAGUUCAUGGAAAUUCACAACUUCAGAGUGUGGCCUAAGGAUUAUUUUGUUGGUCAGCCUUUCCAAGAAAGUGUGUGUUCUCUCAAUCUCUAUGGAUUUUUCUCGUUUUUUAGCAAAUCAAUGAGAUAAGCAUAAAUAGGAAGAUACCCCAGGUUUAAGUAUCACCAAUAUUGUUAAGCAUUAGCAUCAUUAUUAGAAUUCUGAAUUAUAGAAUAAAAGGUACAACAAA